AAACAAUGUGACGUCACGGGAGGUGAUCACUGAUUGGUGGAUCUCGAGGCUCUCAUGUCGGCCUAGUAGGAAGCUCGAGAGUGCCUCAUUUAUCCCCAUUUCUGACAGCUUGCUUAGUGUAGAGGAUUCAGUAUGUGCGUUGGACCCUUGAGGCGUGUUUGUCACUGGGGGCCUCUCAUUGCUCUUGGUAUAAUAAAGUCGGUAACAUUUGCAACGGUGAGUUGCCUGUCUCAGUGGUGGGCUCCGCAUGACUCCUGGGGUGGGACAACCCUGUUCUUCACCUUCAUGAGCUGUGCAAUUCUCACAUUGUAUUGCUUCCUGCAUGCCAUGUAUGUGGGACCUGGGAAUUUACCACUCCACUGGAAGCCGGAAAAGGAAAAUGACCAACAGUUUCUUCAGUUCUGUGCAAUAUGCAAUGGCUAUAAGGCUCCACGCUCCCAUCAUUGCCGCAAGUGUGGGUGUUGUGUGAUGAAAAUGGACCACCACUGCCCGUGGAUUAACAACUGUGUCGGUCACAAGAACCAUGGGUCAUUCACCCUCUUUCUCUUGUUUGCCGUGUUGGGAUGUGCUCAGGCCUCUGUGGUGCUUGCUCUCUCCAUUUAUCAUGCCAUACACAGGACAUGGUAUAUCUACUAUGGCACUGGCAUGGAACCCAUCAUCUACAUGAGCUUAUGGGGAAUGGUGAUGUGCAUGUUUGUCUUGGGGCUGGCUAUUGGUGUAGUGCUAGCUGUGGGCAUGCUUCUGUACUUCCAGAUACGAGCGAUUCUUCGAAACAGAACAGGCAUUGAGGAUUGGAUUUUGGAAAAGGCCAUUCAUCGCCGUGAUUCAGCCGAGAAGCCAUUUAUAUAUCCUUACAACUUGGGCCGCUGGAAUAAUUUUGUGCAGGUUAUCAAUGUGUGGUGUGAACCCAAUGGAGAUGGCAUUGUGUGGCCAGUGCAUGAAGAUUGCAACCAGUAUACUCUCACAAUCGAACAGUUAGCACAGAAGGCAGAGAAACGUGCACGAAGCCGGGAGUAUCAGAUAGUCGAGGCUUUCUCCGGCUGGUGGUUUCCGUGCACGAAAGGUCUUGGAGUGUGUUGUCACCCACCCUGCACUGAUGAACCUCGGAUACCUCUUCAGCCUGGCGAUGAAGUCUUAGUAACACGAUGGAAAAAGUACUGGCUCUAUGGUGAACGCAUCAUUAAAGAGAUAUUGGCAGCACCUCAGGGUACCAGUUCAUCCCGUCACAGAGGAUGGUUCCCCCGUCGCUGUGCCGUGCAAGUCUCCAGUUUGGAUAAUGAUACUGAUAGUCCUUCACUGCCUCAUGUUCCAAAUAAUCAAAAGCAAAGUCAGAAAAUAGCGGACAACAAGAAGAUCCGGUGAUAUUCUAUUUUGUGUCCUGGAUGGACUCAGUCAUCCAAGGUUUCCUUCAAAUUAGGGCUAUGAAUUGUUCUAACCAUUGUAAUGUGAUUAAUUCUUCUUGGAUAGUUACAUUUAUAUACAAGAAAUGGUCCAUCUGUUCACUGAAUAGGCGUAAGCGGAAACUUGGUGUAUAUAGGUUUAAUACAGAAAUAUAUUGGUCUUAUAGAUACAAAUGCUGUCAUAUAAAAUUGUGGAAUCUUAUUUAUAGUUUUUUAAACAAUAGAAUAGAAAAUCAGCAUAGGAAAGUUGUAUUUUUUAAAUUCAUGAAAUUCAUUCCAUUUGCAGGACACUGAAUUACAUUAGUUGUAUUACAGUGACUUGCUUUUUAAUUAAUUGUUAGCCAGUCAAGAACUUUAAAAAGAUGUUGCUUGUGGACACCAAAGAUUUAGAAUCUGUAAAUAAGUGUACUCUUUUAUUUAUUCCCCCCCCCCCUCAGUAAUUUUGUUCUUAAAAUUGGCAUAUCCACAUUUUAAGUCAGUAUGUCACACUGACCAAGGGUGAUCACUUUUUUUUCUGAAUUUUGAAUCAAGAUUUAUAUUUUAAAUUUUGCCAGUGAAGUUACUAUUGUGCACUUCUUAUCCAUCCUGUGAACGUAUUCUAUUGACAUUUUCAAGGAUUCUUCUACCCAAGCAGCCCAGCCUGAUGCCAGAUUUCCUUAUUGAUUGCCUAGGCUCUGAAAUGCAGCAGAAGCUGCAUUUCAGAGCCCAGACCUCUUUAAAUAUCAUUAAAUUGGUUAUAAAUCAUAUUCAUAAGAAUGUUUAGAAAGAAGAAAUUUGUGUGUGUGGGAAGAUCCAUUGAACACAUUUUGAAAGAAACAUUUUGGCAAAUUUUGGUUAGGGUUGUGCACUGUUUUCUCCAAGAGAUGGGCACUAAUAAUUAUUUUAGAAUAAUCAAAGCACACUAAGAAGCUUACAAACUUGGGGUGUGGAGGUCCACUGUUAAUUAGGAAUGUUAGCAAAUUUGGUCUUAGUAUUAAAAUGUUAAUUAGGCUGAAAAUUGUGGUGAUUGCAGCAAAUUAAUUAAUAAUGUUAGUAACCUUUUAUGUUAAAGGCAUAAAUAACUAAAUGGUUUUUCAGUGUUUUGUUAAUGGUACAACUUUACUCCAUCUUCAUGGCAGUCUGUGAGCUUAAUUUUAUUCUUGCCUGAAGCAUACCUGUUAUUAGAAGUUAAUUAGCACUUUCUUGAGGCGGUCUCAGUGUGGCUUCAACACCAGGAUUUUUAACUAGAAACAACAAAAAGGCACAAUACCAUGACUGGAACAGUACAUGUAUAACUCUCACGUAGGAGAGAGGAGCUUACAACGACAUUUUGGUCCAACUUGGACCAUUUCCACUUGGACCGUUUCCACUGUCACAGCCACCAUUGUUAAGUUAUUAUGUCUUUUUGUCAUUUCACAACUACUGCUUGCUAUUCCAUGGGCCUCGGGAGACAUUUUCACACAGUGCGCCAUGACAAUCCUCCAACUAUAUUCUUUUAAAACAAGCCUCGUGUGGCUGCUUCUGAUACAGUUGUAUUGUUUAUUACUUGUGUGAUUUCAAGUAAUUGCUCAUGCAUAUUGUGUUUAUGACUGGCAAUACCUGGCGCUGAGUGCAGCAUGAUAAAAGCUACAGGAAUUAUUAUGCAAGUACAUGCCUCAACAUACUCCAGUGAUUCACAGUGCUUGUGUGAAAUUAACCUACUCUAUUGGUAUAGCUCAUUCUGACCUCUAAACUUACAGGGAAGUCCCAUUGAAUUGGAUUUUACUUCUCAUUCUGAUGAACCCUGUAAAUAUAUAUGAUAGACACUUUUUUGAAACUUACAUCUGCCUUAUGAAGGUACCUGCCUAUGGCAGCCGAUGAAGUAUACAUUCCCAGUCUUCAACACUUGUACACAUCAGUGGUCUUGUUUCUAAUACAUAUCCUCAAUCAGAUUUAGUGUGAUAAUAUUGUUUUCCCUCCAGUGGAAGACUGCAGUAGUUCUAACAUUUUAGAAAUGAGGUACACUGUGUUCGUAAACUGAACUUGCUCAGUUUUUUCUGGGGCCACUAGAUACUUUCCAUUUUCUGCCUUAGUCUUAUCUAAACUAGACUAUGAACAUAGGACUAGAUGAGAUUCAUCAUUCAUGUGCUUUGGCAAGGGAGACCUCUUAAUUGUCACUAGUUGAAGAUCUAUAUAUAUAGUUAAAUAUGCUCUAUUCUUUCAUUAUGAGAUCAUUGAGAUACCCAAUGUCUUCAUGAUCCAAUAGAAUUUUCACAGCCAUUAGUAAAUUUAAGCUUCAUUUUUUGCUUUUCUUUAUUAUAAUUACUGAAUCAUUACCUAGAGACUUGUGGACUUCAUAGGUCUAACUUGGUUUUCUGAUCUUCUUUUACUGUCUUCCUUUUCUCCCUUCCACUCUCAUAGUCUCAUUCUAUGCAUUUUACUAGUGCUCGCUUUUCCUUGAUAAUUUCCAAUCUUUCUUUCUUUCAACACACCGGCCGUAUCCCACCAAGGCAGGGUGGCCCAAAAGGAAAAACUAAAGUUUCUCCUUUUACAUUUAGUAAUAUAUACAGGAGAAGAGGUUACUAGCCCCUUGCUCCCGGCAUUUUAGUUGCCUCUUACAACACACAUGGCUUACGGAGGAAGAAUUCUAUUCCACUUCCCCAUGGAGAUAAGAGGAAAUAAACAAGAAUAAGAACUAGAAAGAAAAUAGAAGAAAACCCAGAGGGAUGUGUGUAUAUAUAUAUGCUUGUACAUGUAUGUGUAGUGUGACCUAAGUGUAAGUAGAAGUAGCAAGACGCACCUGAAACCUUGCAGAUUUAUGAGACAGAAAAAUGGACACCAGCAAUCCUACCAUCAUGUAAAACAAUUACAGGCUUUCAUUUUACAUUCACUUGGCAGGACGGUAGUACCUCCCUGGGCGGUUGCUGUCUGCCAAUCAUAAUUUCCAAUCACUCUCGAGAUAAUACUGCUGUGUACAUCAGUGGUUCCAGAUCCUCUGAUGCAGUGGAAUAUGCAGCCACAUUUCCUGGUCACAUGGUCUAUGGCUGAUGCUUGCAGCUGGCCAGUAUCUUCACAGCAGGGUUGUACAUUCUCCUUGCUGUUAUCCACAGUGCUACUUUGCCAGCCUCGUCAUUUGUUAUAGUUUUAGACUCAUAGUGCAGUGUAAGCAAUACACACUAUUUAUUCCUUGCAUCUUUUUGUUGUUUGUAUUGAACAUUAGUAGUGCCAUAUUGUUUAGUAUGGUUAAUUUUAUUUUUGCCUGAAGUACACCUGUUAUUAGAAGUUAAUUAACACUUUCUUGAGGCAGGUCUCAGUGUGGCUUCAACACCAGGAUUUUUAACUAGAAACAACAAAAAGGCACAGUACCAUGAUUGGAACAAUACAUAUAUAACUCGCACGUAGGAGAGUUUUUUUUUUUUUUUUUUUUUUUUUUUAACUUUUUUUAACUCGCACAUAGGAGAGUUUUUUAACUUUUUUUUUUGUUUUGUUUUAAAAAUGGGAUAGUAUAGCAGAAGGCUCUAUUUCCCACCCUUCACUCCCUCCAGACACUGACAUUCCAGUAUCUUUUUGAUAGGUUGUGCAAUUUAUCAAAAAGCAUGCAGACCUCAUUUGCUAUCUGUUCAUCAUUGUCUUUAUGUUCAUACUCAAUGAAUUUUUAACUGAAAUUGAUUUACUACACUAAAUAUGACUUCUUCCUUUUGACCUUACGGUCACCCACACACCUUUGGCCCUUUUAAUGUCUGCCAUCCCUUUGCUAUCUGGUGUUGAUUGACCUACAUGGGUUUAAUAAUUUCCUGAAUUGAAUAAUAAUGGAAGCUAGGACUGGUGUGAACUGAGAUUACCCAAUAAAUUUGUUGUUAUUGGUUCAAGAUAAUAUCUGGGGGAACAGAAUCAAAGGGCUGGUUCAUUCUGCCAGGGCUGUGAGGUAAUUACUUUUGUCGUUUUGAGGAAAGAGGUUCCAGGGUACAUUUUCACUCCGCCAGCUACUGUCAAAAGCAUGACAUUAUGAUCAGCCUUGUCUGCAAGAAAUUUAAUAAAUUACUUGAACUACCCUCUUAUGCUGAAGGGUAUGUGAAUCCACCUCCCUGCCAUGUCAUGGCAUUCCCUCAGUAAGGAAGCUGGAGAAUGCUGCUUUCUGUGCUCUAGACUCUGGCUUUAACAUUUCAGUCAUGGAAUUCGUAAUCAUAGGUGUGUCUGUAGAGACCUUCGGGACAGGGGAAUUUGAUGCUUUUUUUAGCAGCUAAGUUUUUAACCCUGUAUGAUAGUAAUUAAAAUAGAGUAUCAUAUGGUUUGAGUAUUUAUAGUUUGAAUGUGUUUUAGUUAGUAUGCAAAUGGUAUGUUGUUUGCCUGUGAUUCUUGAUUAAGGGUGAAAUAUAUUACUGACAAAGAACAAGAUGAUGUUAAGACAGUGUUUUGCUCUCUACAGAGCUUUAUCAGGUCAUGAUAAAGCUAUACACAGAGCAAAACAAUGUCUUAAUAAAACUUGUUUUGCACUUGUAUGUUUGUCUUUGUACAGAUUUUAUUGUAGAGAGCAUUGAAAAAUUAUUUAUAAUGCAAAUGCUGUAUGACCCUGGUGGGUUUAGCACUUAGUGUUGACUAUAAUAAUAUUAAUAUAAUGCAAAAAUAUUUACAUUAAUUUUGCUACAAGUGUUUUCUUCACUGUGCAUCCCAUACUUGUCCUAUGGACAGUUUUAUUAUUAAUACUCCGUUGUAUUAAUGUUAUAUUGGGGGAGGGGGUGCUUUACCUAUAGGGUCAUACAAUGUAAUCCCUCUUGUGGUGUAUGACCCCUCUGGCUUUAGCCCUUCCCUCUGAAUGUAUUAGUGAUACCAUCCACAGGAUAGGCAUGGGGUAAGCAGUAGAAGAGCAGAUUUGGUGGCAAAAAUAAUGUACUGUAGGGUCCCGCUUGUAUAGCUGGUUCGGUUCUGGGAUACCGCUGUAAAGCAAAAAUCACUGUAAAGUGAAUCAUAGCCUUGUUUUUUUCACUUUCAAAUACAUAUAAAAGCCUGAUAACAUGUUUAUGCUAUCGUAUAUUAAGUGAGCAAUAGAGCUAGGCCUUAAAAAUGCAUAUACAGUACACACAUUACUUAUCUUAAAAUAUUUACAUACCUAGCUUAUAGUGAGUGGUUAAUAUAUUUAUUGCAGGAAAUCUGAAUCAAUGAAGAAUAGAUAAAAUUAAAAACCUGUGCAUUAGCAAAAUGCCUUAAGGCAAAGUGCUGUAAAGCAGGGCCCUUCUGUACUGUAAAUAAUUUUUUGCAUAAUAAAUAAUUUCACCUGUAUCAGCACUGAAGGAAACAUGAUUUUAGCCUUGUCUUGUAAAUAUAAUUUUCAACUGACAUUGGUAAACCCUUGAUUUAGUGGACUAUUAGGGAAAAGUGGGUGUCCAGUAAUGCCAAUUGUGGGAUAGGUAUGAAAUUGUUUUGCCAUUAUCGUAACAAUAACGGACACUUCUGUAAUCAAUGGAUUUGUCUGUUGUCUCCCAAUCAAUUAACACAGAAGAGCUUGUCCCAUAUUUCCAAGUCAAUUAAAUCGAAGGUUUAUUAUGUUUGUGAAAGAAAAACUGAAACAUUGCAUAUUUUUGUUUGGAAUUCAGUGGACUAUUUCCAUUGGUGAUUAUAAUGACUGAUUAUAUUGCAAAGCACUUCAGGCAUGGCUUGUCAUUAUUUAAAAUUCAUGUGCAGCAAUUUCAUAAGAUCUGUAUUUAUUAAUUAAAGAAGGCGUCAGUUACUAAAUUUAGCCCCAGAAAAAAAAAUUGUGUAUUUAUAGGUCUGAAUUAAAAUACUUUCUCUGUAACUUUCUGUCCCUCAGGAGAGGUGCCUUCAUGUUAGUGUGGAGCUCUUGAUCCAAGUAGCUGGACUUAUCCUCCUCUUCCUUGGAUCGAACCUAAAUGCCUCCCAUUCAUCAGGCAUUAUAUGACUCCUGUGGGUUAAGCGCUUCCCUUCUAAUUAGAAUAAAAAAUGUAGCUUUCAACUUGACUCUAUCAAUUUUGGAAUCAGCUGGUGAGCUUAUAUAUUAUCGGUUUCCCAAGGACGCCAUGUUUGUUUUGAAGAUAAAUUAUGUAAAAUGCAAGGUAUAUGUCGGGGUUUUUAGCCAGAGUAAUCAAACAAGCUGAAUUUUCUUCAAAAUAAAGAAAGAGGCACAAUACCAUGACUGGAACACUACACAAAUAACCUGGACAUAUAGGAAAGAGAAGCUCACCAUGACGUUUCCAUCAAACUUGGACCAUUUACAAAGUCACGCUAGUGUGACUGUAAAUGGUCCAAGUCAGAUCAAAACAUCAUCGUAACUGCUUCUCUCCAAUGUAUACCUGGAUAGGGUUUCGGAGGACAACAACCCCCCGCAGCCCGGUCUGAGACCAGGCCUCGUGUAGUGUUUUCUUCAAAAUAAUUUGUCUAUAAUUUUCCUUUUGGCUUGAUGGAUACAUUCAUGUGAACUAACAUGGUGUGUGAAUUUUAUAUUAUUCGCCAAAAGUAACUUAGCAACCUAGACUAAACUUGAUGUAUAUUGUACUGUAAAGCUUAAUCCUUCAUAGGCCUUUUUAAGAUACCCAAACUUUAGUUGCCAUCAUUUAACAUCAGUGAUAUGCAUUAUAAUAAUUUUGUGAUGUGCUGACACGUUAUUGCAGUUAUAGUGAAAAUAUAGGUUGUGCUCUUCUAUUCCAGUUAUUGUACGAUAAACAAAGUUGGCAAGUUCUGACUAUAAGGCAUGGCAUAUAUAACUCAAGUUUGUACAAAGUGUUGAAAAUGAAUGAAUCAGUUUGUAGCAA